AUGGAAAAGUCUGGAUUUCAAAGGUAUGCUAGCGAACACGGUAUGAUCGUAGUACAUCCAGACACCUCCCCAAGGGGUGUCGAUGUUCCUUCAUCUGAGUCAUGGUCGUUUGGAGAAGGGGCCGGCUUUUACAUAGAUGCUACCACGGAGCCGUGGUCGAAAUAUUAUAAAAUGUAUAGUUAUAUCACGAAAGAGCUACCGGAUUUGAUAAAGACGUGUCUCCCAAUUGAUUUGGAUAGACUAGGUAUAUUUGGUCACUCGAUGGGAGGUCAUGGUGCUAUAUCUAUAGGAUUGAGAAAUCCGAGUCUUUUCAAGAGCAUCUCAGCCUUCGCUCCCAUAUGUAACCCUAUGAAUUGUUCGUGGGGUCAGAAAGCAUUCAGUGGCUACCUCGGUGAGCAUAGGCCUUUUGCGACUAUCUAGUC